UGACAUGUUUAUUCCUUCCCAGUAGCCCGAGUGGGGUUGCGCCCUGACGUCUCAUCUGUGUGCUCCCUCUCAGAUAUGUGCUGUGCGCGCUCGUGAGUGUCAGAGCUCAGAUAUCUGCGCAGCUGAGGAGCAGGGGACGACGCACCAGACAUGAAAGGCACGAGGGAAACCUUCCCCGAGUGGAAAACCUCGCUGGCGGGUGUGUGCGCACUGCUGCUGCUUCUGGGCUGCGCCGCCUCAGUUUUCCUGUGGGUCCAGCACAAGGAGCUGGCAGAGGAGCUGGUCAGGCUGGAGUCCCAGAUGCAGGAGUUGGCAGAGUGCUGCCGGCUGCGAGGAGGACUCCCGCCAGACGAGCGUGGAGAGGCUGGAGGUGCGAGGAAGCUCCGGCGCAGCAGACGAAACCAGGAGGGACUCUGGACGCAGACACGAGAGCAGGACCAGCUGAUGCUGAUGACAUUCUCUGUGGUUCCUAUCAAAGCCUACCAAGAGCUGUGCAACAACUCCAGAGGAAAUUGUUUAAUGGGUCCACCUGGCCCCCCAGGUGUUUCUGGCAGGCCUGGCAGGCCUGGCCCACCAGGACAACCGGGCGCGCCGGGCCCAGAAGGCAGACGAGGGCGAAGAGGUCCUCCCGGUCCUCCCUGUCCUGCCUGUUGUCCCACUAAGGCAAAAAAGAAGAUCUUUGGAGAACAGAGUCUUCAGAAAUUUGGUUCAAAGGACCAAGACCCAGCACAACCAGGCAAUGAGACCAGAGACGCUCUGAAUGUUACUGGACCUGUGAAACGUCAGGAUGUAGAACAUGAAGUCAGCUAUAUUUCACCGAAUGAUACGAGCACCGGAAAUGUCACGCAGACGCCAAUUACACCGCCACCAGACCAAGACCCAACACAACCAGGCAAUGAGACCAGAGACGCUCUGAAUGUUACUGGACCUGUGAAACGUCAAGAUGCAGAACAUGAAGUCAGCUAUAUUUCACCGAAUGAUACGAGCACCGGAAAUGUCACGCAGACGCCAAUUACACCGCCACCAGACCAAGACCCAACACAACCAGGCAAUGAGACCAGAGACGCUCUGAAUGUUACUGGACCUGUGAAACGUCAAGAUGCAGAACAUGAAGUCAGCUAUAUUUCACCGAAUGAUACGAGCACCGGAAAUGUAACGCAGACGCCAAUUACACCGCCACCAGACCAAGACCCAACACAACCAGGCAAUGAGACCAGAGACGCUCUGAAUGUUACUGGACCUGUGAAACUUCAGGACGCAGAACAUGAAGUCAGCUAUAUUUCACCGAAUGAUACGAGCACCGGAAAUGUAACGCAGACGCCAAUUACACCGCCACCAGACUACUCGCCUGCACCCUGGGUGGAAACCAGUUCAGAAAUCACAACAGAAACAUUAAGAAAUUUCACAGCAGUGUUACCAACACUGAGUGCCAACCUUGAGGACAGAGACGCCUUGAACGCUACUGACUUAAAAGGGAGUCGUCAUGGAAACUUUGAACUUGAAACACCAAAACCCCAUCCAAGUGAGAGCUCCAUCAAAUUCCUGAAUGGCACAAACUUGGAGGAACAUCUAACCAGGAAACUUGACCCUGAACCACCAACACUGCGUUCAGAUAAUACCACAGGAGAGUUGCUUAAUGGACAUCCUGAAUUGUUUUAUGAAGGAGACCACAUAGGGACUUUGAAUGAUUCCGAGGUUAUAAAUGUUACAGAGGGAAGGAUAAAGUUGUUACCAGGGGUGCUUGACACAAACCAAAACAGGGAUGCCUUCAAUGACAGCAGAGUCGACACUGAAACAAGCUUUAAAAGCGAACCUCCAAUGCAAGAUUCAGCUAAUACCACAAGAGAUGCUUUUAAUGGUUCUGAAUAUUACAAUCAACCAAAAACUGAACCUGGACCAGAAACAUCUCAUGAAGGUGUUAGCAUUGGGACUUUUAAUGACUCACAAGCUAUAAAUGUUACAGGAGGAUGGGUAAACUUAGUCAGAGAGCCGGGGGCAUUUGAUGAUGGUGAUGGCAUGGUGACUGUAAAUGAUUCAAACACAAUACAUGUUACAGAGGGACCUACACAAUUAUUGAAAGGUCCUGCUGAUGCCUUCAAUGGCAGCCGAGUCAUCACUGAAACAAGCUUUAAAGAAACACCAACAGAGCAUUUAGCUAACAACACCAGAGACGCUUUAAAUAUUUCUGACUUUUACAAUCCUCUAAAGAAAAAAAUGGAAUAUGAGCCAGUGCUGUUUAAUAAAGAUGACAGCAAUGGGACGAUGAAUGACGUGGAUCCUGGAAAUGAAACGUAUGCACCAGUAAAACCAUUUCCAGGACCGACUGAAACCAACAGAAGCAGCAAUACGUUCUUUUCCAACACAAUCACGAAUGAAACUGUUGUAAAAAGCGAAUCAACAACUCCUGUUGAAAACUUCAGAGAAGCGUUCAACUUUAAUGACUCCAAGAAUCAGCUGGAGAAAAACAAAGAUUCUGCUUCACCUUCUGUUGACAAGAGUCAGAGGAUAAACACUUUGAACAGCAGUGGAAACAUUGCAGACAAACCAAUGAAAAGUGGCGAGAAUCUAUCCUCUACUGAGUCUUCCCAACCUGUCCAAACCUACAAUAACAGCAACGCAAUCAGCAAUGAAAAGUUUACAAAAACUGACUGCAAGAUCAAAGCCAUCAAAUGUUCAGAUAAGUCCACUAAAAUGUUCAGCACCUUCGGAGCCUGGAUGUCGGAUGCGUCACGGUCUGACGAUCGGAUCUGGGUGGCGGAUCAUUUCUCAGGUCGUCGAUUGCAGGAGUUCAAGAACAUUUCACUACUGUCGCAAAACGAUCAUAAAGAUGUGGAUGUUAGGAAGUUUUACCAAGGCUGUGGCCAUGUUGUUUAUAAGGGGUCAUUUUACUUCCACAACGGAGGAACAAACACCCUUUACAAGUUUGCCUUGAACACGAGGAAAACCACCGCUCUGACCAUGCCAAACAGCAGAUAUCGCCAACUGAGCUAUCUCUUCCACAACUCCAAGACUUAUUUCAAGUUUGCCGUGGAUGAAAACGGACUGUGGGUCAUCUUCGCCUCAAACACAGACGAUAACACGAUGGUGGCAAAGCUCAACCCGGACACUUUCUCUGUGCAGUCCAUGAUUAACACUGCCUACCCUUCAGCUAAGGCAGGAAACGCCUUCAUCGUGUGCGGGGUGCUGUAUUUUACCGACAACUUGGACAAACUUGUGACAUAUGCCUUUGAUUUGAAGACACAGAGUCCUCUGGAUGUAAGUUUUGAUUUAAGGAAAGGAAAUGAAAUCUUAGCUAUGCUGUCUUAUUAUCCCAACAAAAGACUGUUGUACAUGUGGGACAACAGCAGUGUGAGAACCUGCAGGGUUAAAUUCAAAAAUAGCUAAAAGAAAAAACAAAAAUCCUACCAGUUUUCUAUUUUUGUAAAAGUGGCUUAAAAAGAAAAAAAACUAUUGUGUUUGUUUGUGUUAUUUUCUUUCUGUUGCAAUAAAUGUGACCCUAAAUA